AUAGCAAUUUCAAUUUGCAGCACCAUUGGAGAUGCCCUAAUCACUCAACUCAUUCUUAAACCUAGAUUGUCAAAAUCAGAUCUUUGUCCAUUCAAUCACUCGUAAAUCGUAAUGGCUAUGAUGAACGCAAUAAUAUGAAGACUCCAUGAACGAUGAUCAAGCUCCCACCAAGCUCACUUCAUUCCGGCUGCACCAAGGCCUUCAAUGCAAACAUCAACCGCCUGUCACGCGGAGGCGCCCACCGCCAAGUGUUACUUAAUUAUGUCUCCAUGCUGAAAGAUUCCGUCCCCCCCGACACUUUCACCUACCCCAGCCUCCUCAAAGCAUGCAUUUCCCUGAACCUCUUCCGCCUCGGUCUCUCUGUCCACCAACACGUUCUCGUCAAUGGGUUUGAUUCUGAUCCUUACAUCGCAUCUUCUUUGAUCAGCUUCUAUUCCAAAUUUGGGUUCACAGAGAAAGCGCACAACCUGUUUGAUAAAAUGCCCGAGAAGAGUAUUGUCCCGUGGACAGCCAUUAUCGGGUGUUAUUCUCGCAAUGGUGAUGCUUGCAAUGCGCUCCUGUUGUAUAAUUCUAUGCAGCGGGAUGGGAUAAAGCCGAGUGCCGUUACUGUUUUGACAUUGCUCUCGGGGGUGACAGAGAUCAGCUACCAUGUGAGAUGCUUUCAUUCCAGCAUUGUAAAAUAUGGUUUCACAUCGAACGUUGUCUUGAUGAACUGUGUGUUAAGCCUGUAUAGUAAGAGCGAAAACGUUGAUUGCACAAGGGACUUGUUUGAGUCCAUGCAUGAAAAGGAUGUUGUUUCUUGGAAUUCUUUGAUUUCAGGUUACGUGGUGAAGGGGAACACAAACGAAAUCUUGAGGCUCAUGCGUAGAAUGAGGUUUGAGGGUGUGAAUCCUGAUUCUCAUACCUAUGGGUCAUUGAUUUCUGCUGUUUCAAAAGAGGGAAGUUUUGAAAUUGGAAGAUUGGUUCAUGGCCAGAUCAUAUCCCAGGGAUUUGAAUUAGACGUACAGCUUGAAACAUCAAUUAUAGUCAUGUAUCUUAAGUGUGGAAACUUGGAAGACGCAUUUAGUGUUUUUGAGAGAGCAAACAAUAGAGAUGCAGUUUUGUGGACAUCAGUUAUCUCAGGCCUUGUUCAAAAUGAACAUCCAAACAAGGCAUUGGAAGUUUUCCGUUGGAUGCUGGAUUCAAGAACUGCGCCAUCUACUAAUACUUUAGCCAGCGCACUUUCGGCUUGUUCGCAGUUGGGUUUACUGAAAGUGGGAACCUCAAUACAUGCUUACGUACUGAGGCAAAGAAUAGCAAUGGACUCUCCUGCCCAAAACUCUCUCGUCACUAUGUAUGCUAAGUGCGGCUAUUUAAAGCAAAGUCUUGCUAUUUUCCACAUGAUAGAGAAAAAAGAUGUGGUGUCAUGGAAUGCCAUUGUUGCUGGGCAUGCACAGAAUGGUGAUUUAUCAAUGGCUUUCCACAUGUUCAAUAAAAUGAGAACAACCCAUCAAAAGCCCGACUCGAUAACCAUUGUUUCCCUUCUUCAAGCCUGUGCCUCCACGGGAGGGUUUCAGCAAGGAAAGUGGGUCCACAGUUUUGUUCUGCGGACCUAUCUUGGGCCUUGCAUCAUGAUAGACACUGCUUUGGUUGAUAUGUACUGUAAGUGUGGUGAUGUAACCACCGCCAGGAAGUAUUUUGACAGGAUGGUGGAACACGAUUUGGUUUCAUGGAGCACAAUCAUAGCUGGUCAUGGCAGUCAUGGAGAAGGAAAGAUAGCUCUGGAGUUGUACUCGAGACUCUUGAGAAGUGGGAUGACACCAAACAGGGUUAUCUUCUUGGCUGUUUUAUAUGCAUGCAGUCACAGUGGACUUGUUGAGCAAGGGAUGAGCUUGUUCGACUCCAUGAUAAAUGAUUUCAAGAUUGAGCCAGAAGUUGAACACUGUGCUUGUAUUGUUGAUCUUCUUUGUCGAUCUGGUAGGGUGAAAGACGCAUAUGGUUUUUACAAGACAUGGUUCCACGAGCCGAUGGUUGAUGUUUUGGGUAUACUACUUGAUUCUUGUAGAGCAAAGGAUCUAGUGGAUCUGAGGGAUGCUAUUGCCAGUGAGAUUUCUGCCCUGCAACCUGAUGAUGCAGGGAAAUAUGUGCAGCUGGCUCAUAGCUAUGCUUCGAAUACGCAGUGGGAGGGUGUUGGCAAGGUGUGGUUCCAAAUGAAAUCUCUUGGCCUGAAAAAGCUUCCAGGUUGGAGUUCUAUCGACUUGCAGGGGAAUAUUACGGCAUUUUUCAUGGGUCACAGUUCUCAUCCUCAACAUGACGACAUUAUGUCUCUUUUAAACAUUUUAAGUAGGGAGAGUGGAGAUGCAGUGUUCAUGGCUGACCUUGAAUUCUGUGAGACUGAUACUCCCUGCUAAUGAAAGGUUCUUCUUUAAGAAUCUAUCUCUGUUGAUACAAAGAUAGGAGGAAAAUUGGAACAAUGUUCCCGCCCGUCCGUAUCGUUCUUUGUUCCUCUAUCUCUCACUCUUCGUUCACUCUGUUCAGCGCACGCCCCCUCCCGCUAUUCCGCAUCCGAACUACUUCGCCUUCAGCGCCAGAGGACGAUGACGCACGCAGACGAACUAACAAGGGGUCGGAACAAUGUUCAGUGAUGCAAGCAGCUACUUCUUCACCACCACCUUCGCCUCAUCAACAAUCCUCUCUGAAAUUUGUGUAUUAAAUGCGAAUUCGGCCAUUGAGGAGAGACAGGUUUAGGCUCGGCUUCUGGUCAAUGAUGCAUGCAGCAGUGACCUGGUCUUCAGGACGGCCCACAACAUUGAAGUGGAUCACUAGAUGUUGGUCUAAAUUGGAGAAGGCAUUGAAAAUGGCAUGUGAGUCAUUAAAGCAGGAAGUUCUGCAGACCAAGGAAAUUUACGG